CGUAAAACAAGACUCAUUCUUGUUUACUGCAUAGAAUCAGGAAAAACCAUGGCAUAUCAGAAAGAUCAUCUUCUCAAGGUUGGAAAGGAAGGCUUCCAACUCAUAGAGACCUACCAUGGCUGGACCAGGGGCAGGCCAGUCCCAGCCAUCAGGCAUCCUCCUCCUGUUGAGAAACCUGAGUAUCUCAGCAGCUUGGAUUGCACGUAUGUUUAUCAGAGACCUAAGACUAACACAGUGUUGCAGGAGCUGCAAGGUAUUAAUUCAACAACUUAUGUUUGUCAAGUUCCUGCGGCAAAACAAGCGUAUCCAGCACCAUUUCCAGCAUCAAAAGAUAGCAGCAAUUUGAUUCCAACAACUCGGGGCCAUGACGGGUGGAAUUCAUAUCAGCCAAUUGCCAGGCCAAAAGAAUCAGAAAUCAAAGGCAAUGGUACUGGGAUAUGGUAUGUCCACAAGGUAACCGAAAUUCCUGCAGAAGGGGAUGUUAUUACUGGUGAGGAGCACUAUUGAAUUCCUACCGGUGAUAAUUUGUUAAAAAGAGGAAUAGUUGGAACUGAGGAUGAUUUUUUAUGCAUAUUUUGUGGAAAACAUACUGAAUCUGCUACUCAUUUAUUCUUCACUUGUGAGGCGACUUGGGCACUUUGGCAAGCUUCAUACGCAUGGUGGGGCCUGCAGACUGUUCUUGCAUGUGAAGGCUGGAACCACCUACAACAACACGUUGGAAUGCUACAAAAUGGAAUUUUAAAGCAAGCAUGCUACUGUGGUGGAUUUAAUGAAGCUACGUUCGCUAAGCUGGGUGAAAGCCAACCUAAAUGUAGAAAUGCCCAAGGAGCUAUGGAUUGAGAACCCCAGGGAAGCAUGUAAAAAAGCACAAACCAUCUAGGAAAAUUAUGUGGGACUGUUUUGAGUAGUGUAACUUAAACAACUCUUGUGAUGAUGUAAUGGGUUUGAGUACCCCUUGUACUCAAUAAAAUUAUUUUGCUGAU